GGGAAACCUCUCGACCAGAGGGAUAAAUUCCUACCUCAUCCCAUUUUCCUCAUCAAGAUCAAUCAGCAUCUAAGUAUACCUUCUAUAUAUAUCUACUAUCUCCCCAAUCACCAACAACAUGUCAACAACAACUUCAACAGCAACCACCCAACAACAGCAAGUACACAUCACCGCACCACCCAACCAGCAGUACUCCCCCGCAGACAACGAUGCAACCUUCCAAGCAACAGCGCGGGGCGACCGCAACGGCAGACUCAAACUCCGCGGUAUUCCCACCUUCACAGACCGGCUCGCCCAGCGCCAGUGGAUGAAAGAGCACAUGGCAGCUGCAUUCCGUUUCUUCGGCAAGCAAGGCUACGGCGAGGGCAUCUCAGGCCAUAUCUCCAUGAGGGACCCCGUCCAAGAAGACCACUUCUGGAUGAACCCCUACGCAAAACACUUUUCAGCGAUGAAAGCCUCAGACCUCGUCCUCGUCGAUGCGGAGGGCUACGUCGUCGAUGGCGGCAACCAGGCGCCUAUCAACGAGGCGGGCUUCAUGAUUCAUUCGGAGAUUCAUCGCGCGAGGCCGGAUGUCGUUGCUGCGGCGCAUACGCAUGGCGUUUAUGGGAAGGCGUGGAGUGUGUUUGGGAGGGGGAUUGAGAUGUUGACGCAGGAUGCAUGCAACUUCUACGGUCGACUAGGCGUCUAUGAUAGCCAUGGGGGAGUGGCACUGGCGCAGGAGGAAGGCGAGCGGAUUGCAAAGGCGCUGGGUGAGGAGAAUAUUGCGUGUAUCUUGCAGAAUCAUGGUCUUCUAACCGUCGGCCGUACCGUGGACGAAGCCGCCUUCCUCUUCUCCAGUCUAGAUAACUCGUGCCAUGCGCAGUUGCUCGCUGAUGCGGCUGCUGCGAAUGGUGUGCCGAAGAGGGUCAUUGAUCAUGAGGUUGCGCAGUUUACGGCUGAUGCUGUUCAGAAUCCUCACAAUUUUUAUACCGAGUUUCAACCUGAGUUUGACCUUAUUGUGGAGGAGUCGAAUGGGAGGGUUCUUCAGUAGGGUUUGCUUUGGUUGAAUAAUUGAAUGUCUGUUAUGAAUUGCAAUGAAAUGAAAUUGAUUGUGUUCAAUGUUUUGUUUUAUCUGGUGAUCUAUAUCUUGCUAAUAUCCUAGAG